AUGACAGAGCCCAAGAAAGGAACGAAACAAGCGACACUUAAUGCUUUUUUCUCACCAACCAAAUGUGAGCAAGAAUCAGAUGACAAGACGAUGGAAUCAGACGCAAAAUCGGUCAAGAGGCGACGAGUUAAUUCGGAGGUUAAUUCCAGGGAUAAAACGGAGCCUAAAAAAUCGAUCCCAACUCAAACCAAUACAAAACCCAAGUCCAAAAAACUCAAGGCCAAGGCAUCUGAUUCAAUAAAAAAGAAGCAGCCGAAGCCCGUACGUUUCAUCUCUCCUCAUGCUGUAGCUGGAGAUGAUGAAGAAGAUGAAGAACUUGAUGAUGAGGACGUGUUCAAGACACCAGAAGCUAAAAGAGCUCGAGCUGAACUUGAGACGGGCGGAGACUUUGUUCCUGCUGGAGCUCUGAUCUCAGAUGAUGCUCUUGUUUUGGAGAAUGAGAUUGUCGAUAUUAGUGAUGAUAAUUCUGCGACAAGAAUGAAAAAAAUGGACUCAAAUGUAGAAGAAGAUGCAACUGAUGUUGUGGAUCUAACUACAGUAAAGCCAAAAAAUGAUAUAGUGACACAAGCAACAAAAGAGACUGAUGACAAGAAGAAGUUACGGAGAAAAGUGGUAUCACCAGUGACGAAGAAUAGUAAAGGGACAAAUAAGAUGACGACGAGUCGGCAGCAAAAGAUGAAAGGAAAUGCUGCAGCGGCAGCUGCUGCCGUGGUAGCUAAACCUGUCCCUGUGGAGCCACUUCUAGAUCCAGUUGCUCAGGCCCGUGUUGAUACAUACAAGAUAAAGACUGACGAGCUGACAAGAAUGUAUUCAGAUCUUUUACUUUCGAAUAAGAAAAGCGACGUGAUCAUGCAAGAUAUAUAUGGGGCUAGACUAGAUUGCGAUUUGAAUGUCACGGUUGAUCUGGAAAAAGCACAACAAGCGUUGAAUGAAACGUGGCAGAAGCUUCGGGAUCAAGCGCUUUCUACCAUGAACGCUGGUAAUACAGUUGCAAUGCCCGCUAUUGUCGAAUUUCCUCGCGAAAUAAAGUGUUUGAUCGUAAAAGGUAUUCAGGGGCGGUCUGCGAGUCUAUCAGUGGUGUGUGAAGAGCUACUAGCUGCAUUCAAGAAAGGUUUGAAAGCAGAUGAUGGUGAUAUGAAGGCAACAGAGGAAAAGAGCGGAUUCGACAUAGAUACAGUAAACCGUGGGGCACUGCUGACGAUGGAAAUGGAGAUUAAGAUGCUUGCACAACGUAUCCCACACGGUGUUCGUCCUGCCAAGGCCAAUGUGUUUGAAGACACCAGCGUCGCUGCAUUAUGGGUGUGGGAGGUAGGCAGCUUGGAAAAGUAUUUUGGGGAUGAAGCACAGAAAAUCGUAAAGCGCAUGCGCAAACAUCGCAAGCGUCUUGGGCAGCAAUUGAAAACAUUGGCCAGGGUGGUCCAACUCUUGCAUCAGAAGCCUGUAGAUGAGGCAAAAGUGAGUGCUGAAGAGGCAAAAGUUGGGAAAUUCGGGCUAGUAGUGGCUGCUGAAUUACAAAAGGCGAAAGAUCGAGAGGCGAAGGAACUAGAAAAGCGUGAUGCAACCGAAGAGAAAAAGCGGCUUGAUCUAGAGCGUCAGGAGGCAAAGAGUGAAGAGAAACGAAAGCGUGAUCGCGAAGUGGAGGAGAAGAAACUCGAGUCGUUUAAGGUGCAAAAGAAAUUUAAGGCUUUCUUUGCGGCAAAUGGCGCUGGAACCAGUGACUCUAUUAUGGAUAUGACAGGCGACAGUGAUGCAGAGAAGACUGCUGACUUUGUGGAAAAGAAGAGUACAAAGAUUGCUCGCAUGGACGCAACCAUUAAUUUCUUGGGUUCCACCGGGGUUGCAUUAACCACAGGAUCUGUUGCUUCCCCACAGCAGUCAGUUUUCUUGUCGCUGAAACACAAACGAAAUGGGACAAAUGCUGGCCUGAAUUGUGCUCUUGGCUGGAGCGGUCGGCGCCACCGUUACCCAAAGUGGGGCGUAAUGAAGUUACUGCAGUUUCACGAGAACAACCGACCAGCGUAUUAUGGCACUUUCAGCACUCGCAGCCGGCUUUUCCGUGGCGGCCGCCGGCCGUUCACACGAUAUUCAAAGUUUGAUUACGCAAUAGACAGUGAUGAUGAGUGGGAAGAAGAAGAACCUGGUGAGAGUCUGUCAGACGAUGAAAAUGACGCUGACGAGUCUGACGAGGAUAAUUUGGACUACGACGAUCAGUGGUUAGCUUAUGAGGACGAAGUGGAUUACAUGGAUGACGCUGGAAAAGAAGUCGACCUGGUGGAGCGCGGUGAAGGAUCGUUAUCGCCGACGAAGCACAAAUUACCGUCGCAGCUCCAGAAGAAGCGGGUAAAGACCAAAGCCGUCAAACCAGCGAAGCUGGAGCCUCAGAUCAUUGGCCCGUUUUGGUUUUUCGACACGGAAAGCGACAACAGUACGGAGAACCAUUUACCUGGCCCUGUUGGUGAAUUGUUGAUCGAGCCGGUAUUCGAGUCUAAUUUGAUGCGAAAAGCUCGUGAAUACGAAGAAGAUCAGAAGCGGGUUCAAGUCGCGCGUCUUGAACAACAGCAAAGAAAGGAGCUGCAAGAGCAGGAAAAAUUAAAGGCUCAAGAGAAGAAGACACAGGAUGUUGAGAAGGCCGCAGCUAAUGGUGCAGCGGAGAAGGAAACAACUACAACAGAGACGAAGAAGCUUACGAAAGCUGCACCACUGAAGGCCACGACGCAGGUCACAGUUCAGAAGACUAAAGCACCGAGGAGGUCGGCAUCUGCCAAAUCAACACUUGCAGCUGUAUCCUCCUUAACAUCUCCAGUAAAAGUGCCGAAUCAAAUCGAUUCGUGGUUCAAGAAAGUCUCUGGUCCCGUAUCAACAGCAGCUGAGCCACAACAAUUGCAAUCUCAGCCUGAAGACGAGCAAAAACUAAAGGAUCACACCACCGUCGAAGUCAUUUCAGUCGAUUAG